CCCCACAGAUCCAUUCGGAGACCGUGGCACCAGCCAUGCCAGCAGAGCUGGGAUCAGCAGAAGGGUCACUCACUAGUCGCAGCCUCAGCGGCCUGGCCAGUCAUAGUAUCAUCCACCCCCUCCUCUUGAAUUCGCAAUAGAUUUCCCUCUAAAAGCUUCAGGUAGUAGAGGGGAAGAGGAAGAAAGAGCCGGACUAUGCGGGGCUGUCAGUGCCUCCUACCGCCCGUACUUGGAGCACCUUGUCCCUUUAGUGAGGUUCAGACGCGCUGCAUGUCAUGUGGGCACUGUAAGAGCAGUCGCAUCGCAAGGUAAAAAAACUUUGGUCGGUAGGAAAUAUGAGACGCGGGCUUUAACUGGCUCAGAGAGCGGGUGGGAGAACAGGAGACAGUUGUGCAAGCUAGGCCUGCUGAGGCUUUAGUAUCUAGCAUACUCGUGCCCUUCAGCAACAGCAUCGCAGCGGCCAGGCCGCAGCAAGCAACAGCUCGCACCAUUGGCAGCAGCCGCGACGAGCUUGGAGGCGGUGCGUUGAGAGCAAGGCGCAGCGAGGCAGGCCCAGGCAGGCCGCCUAGUACUGUUGAGAAACCCGUUGCCACUACCGUUGCCUCCGAACAUGUUCCGCAUGUUACUGCGGUGAGGCAACGAGCAAACAAAGAGAGACAACCUCCGCGCAACGCGUCUGUUGCUCGACGAAAGGAUCACCCAAGCCGCGGCUCGCGUCGCGCGACGACGACGAAGACGCUUGGCUGGAGGCCUCACUCCCCGCGUGGCAAGGAGAUCUGCUCGAAAGCGCGCUUCUUUCGCCGCCUCCCUCCGGCAGUCCCCGCCGGCUGUAGCGUUGCGUUCCGCCAAAGGCGUAUCAUGACGGCGUCCGCGCGACUGCGCUCCCCAGAUCGGCCCGUGUCGUAGGCCCCCAAGCAUUGCCUCCCCCUUCUCCCCCUCUCCGCCCAUCUCGUUUCCACCCCGCGCAGACGGCGCGUCCUUCCCGUCCGCAACCUCCUCCCGCGCCGUUUCGUGUUGGCGGGCAGGAGUUUGCCCGGAUCACUUGAAAACCCCUGGCGAAAGGAGUAGAAGGAUUUAUUGCGGCGGAAGGAUGGCGGCCGCUUUCCCCGCUCAUCCCGAGUUAACUACCUCCGCCGUGCCCCAGACGCCCGGCGCCGUCUUUUGGUCCGACGAUCCCGGCUCCGCCAGGCUCAACGCCUCUGCAACCGCCGGCGCGAAUGGCGGCAGCGGCGGCAGCACGGCGCUUGUGUACCCCGCGACGGACGGGGGCGGCAUGGCGCAGGUCUUCCCCUCCUCCGCCGACGGCAAACCCGCGGGAUCGCCCCCCGAACCCAUCCAUGGGCCGCCGUCGUCGCUCCACGUCAUUCCCGAGGUGUCUCUGGCCGUGGUGGUGCUCGUGCUCGUGCUGCUCGUCUUCCUGCUGCUGCUGCACCGCUACCGCUACCGGCUGCACGUCUCGUGCUUGAUGGCUUGGGAGGCACAGCUUAACGGCGAAGGGCGGAGUGGAGGCGGCCAGGGGAGUGAAUGGAGCAGCAGCAGCAGGGAUGGCGGCGGUGCCUUCCUUGCUGGCAGCGCUCGCAGCAGCAGCAACAGCAGCCGGAGGGGCGGGGAGGGAGCAAGAGGCACGGGUCGAGGCGGCAUGUCAAGUAUCCGCCUGGGAGGCAAUGUUGAAAGUGCAGGCAGGGGAGCACGGAGAGAUGACAGUAACGAGUGGAUGCACGUGCUUCUGGACGUGCAUGGCUUUCGAGAGGCGAUGGGAGAAAGAGAGUUCUACGUUAACUCGGGUGGGUUGGGUAGAGGGUAUCACCGCGGUGCUCGUGGAUAUGGCGACGGACGGGGGGGCAGAGGAGGCAGGAGGGUCUCGUCUGGGCUUGAUCUAGCGACUAUCAACUCCUUAGGGGUGCUCACGGUGUUUGAGAGGGGCAAGAGCCGGGUGAAGUGUAGCAUGCGGGUCAAGGAUAGUGGCACAGUGGAGGUGGUAGUGGAGCAGACAGGGAAAGGCGCCACACGGGAGGUGGGAGACGGGAGGAGGGAGAUUGAAGAGCCGGAAGCGUGCAAUGCGGAAGUGGUUGGCGCUCCCGACGUGAGCCCAGGAGGGCGAAAAGCGACUGGCACACGCGCUUUACAGGGAGAGAGGGCUGGGGAGAUCACAGCGCCGCCAUUAGAAUCCGAACCAGCCGGCUUGCAGGCAGGGGCGCACGACCAGCAGGCAGGCGUAAAAGAUGGUGAGGAGGGUGCGAGAGCAGCGCACGGCGUGGUGGGGAAUGGGUGGUCGUGCGUGGCCAUCGACGUGCGCGUGCGCGAGGCGAGAUGCCGGCACGGCAGAGGCAUACACAGAGGGGAUCAUUUGGGCAGGUGUGGGUGUGACGGCACGUGCCAUGAGGAACAAGGGAGGGCGACGGCAGGUGGGGGGUCAGAGCAAGGGCUACCGGAGGGCUUGAGCAAUGGGGGCACCAGGGAAGGGUCAGUGCGUGAGAGCGAGGUGGUAGUGAGCUGCGAGGAUGGGGAGUGUGCCGUGUGCCUGUGCGAGUACAUGGAAGGGGACGUGCUGCGCACACUCAACAAAUGCCACCACCACUUCCACCAGGCGUGCAUUGACGAGUGGCUUUCAAGCAGCACGUCGUGCCCCCUUUGCCGCACUGCCAUGGUGCCUGAGCGAUUUCUCUUCCACCAGCCGCGAGAGGAAGCAGCGCCCUUUGCACCAGCAAUGCUGCCACGACCACUAACGGUAGCAGGAGCAGCUGCCGCGCAAGCGGCAGCAGCAGCAGGUGGAGUUGUGGCGGUAUCUGGUGCGGCAGCAGCAGCAGCUCCCCCUCUGCGUCACCCACAGACCACGCUCCUUGCUGUGCACCCGUCGAUUUCUGACCCCUUGACGCUGCCAGGAGGAGGUGAGCCAACCACACAAUCCCUCACCCAGCAGCAGGGGCAGCUGGAUGAGCAGCAGCGCGAGGUGACACAACCGAUCCUUGCGGACCAGGCAGGGCUGGUGGAGAGCAGGUCAGAGCACAGUGGUGGGGAGGAGCAAGGGCAGGUGCUGGGGCAGGCAAGCGUGGAGCAUGGAGGAGCAGCAGCAAGAGGACCGAGAGGUCAAGAGCAGCAAGCAGAGCGGCCAGUUGCUGAGGCUAGGCAAGGGCAGACACACGACGAGGGCAUCCAGUCUCCUGUCAGCCCUGCUGCUGCUACAGUACUCCAUAUGGGGCCAGGAGAGGAAGUUCAGCAAGUUUCUGUGCGUUCAGUCCUUAGCUGGAUCUGGCUGGCAGCAGCUCGUCUUGCUGCUCUAGGGCUCAGUAGGUGAGUAGGCAGGCGCAGAGCCCAAACUGGACCUACUGGGUUUUGUUCCAUGUACCGGUCCGGUACCAUGUUGUGAUGUAGCAUGUUGUCAUUCUUAUUUCUUUAUGUCAUGUUUAGGUUGCAUUGUACGGUAUGAAAAAGUUGU